CGCACGGGGAGACGUCAUUUUGAGGGGGAGUGAGACAUUCAAACGCGCGUCGACCGACGUACCGUACGGUUUUUACUAUCCAGCGGCACGACGCACAGCCCACGAACGUCUCGUAGCGCUUCUCCUUCACGAUGAAAGCCGCCGUCCAAAGGGAAUCCUGUUUUCUGUUCAGGUGUAGGUUAGCUUAGCAUGCUAGCAGGAUGUGUGGACAAACGAGAUGGCACGCAGCUAUUCUGUAGCUAGCUAACGUUCAUCCGGCCAAAUUAUGGCUCAAACACGCAAAGGCUUCAUAUCAGCACCCGGGUGACCCAACGAGAUGUGCUUUAGUUGGUGGGCACCAGGAGUGGGGCAUGGCAGAGACAGAAAUGACCGUGUCUGUGGGGGACGUGGUGGUGGUUAAGGCUGCUGAAGAAGAUGAAGACACAAGGGCUACUGACGCCAGCAAGACGCAGGUCAUCCUACAGCUACAGCCUAUCGCAUCUAGGAUUGGGGAGGACUCGGGUGCCACCGUCGUCACAGUGGAGGCACAAGAUGAAGCUCUAGUAACAGGAGAGGAUGUCGAGCUGGGAUAUCCCAUUACAUGCGGAGAGAGCAAAGCUGUUCUUCUGUUCAAAAAAUUCGUUUGUCCCGGUAUCAACGUCAAAUGUGUCAAGUAUGAGGACCAGCUAAUCAGUCCUAAGCAGUUUGUUCACAUGUCCGGUAAAGCCACUCUAAAAGACUGGAAGCGUGCCAUCAGAAUGGGUGGUGUCAUGCUCAGGAAAAUGAUGGACUCAGGGCAGUUAGACUUCUACCAGCACAGCACGCUGUGCACCAACACCUGUCGCAGCACCAAGUUUGACCUUCUUAUCAACAACACUCGCUUUCCUCCCGACAGCAGCCUGCUCAGUACUCCCUCUUCUGUCCAAGGGCAGGUUGCCAUGGGUAACGGGGGAGAGGUUGUCAUGCUAGAGGAGAAGCCCGAGGAAGCGUCUGCCUCUUUGGAAUGGAGCUCAGCUACCGUGGAAACCAUAGAGAAGAAGGAGGUGCCAGAGAUAUCUGAGGAGACUCUGAAUUUCUGGAAGGGCAUCGCUGACGUGGGCCUCAUGGGGGAGGUGGUCAGCAACAUCCGUACGGAACUGCUGGAGAUGCUGAGGGGGGUGCAGCUCCACUCCGACCAGGCCGGCCUGCAGGACGCUGAAGUGGCUGUUCUGAGUAACCUGGCUCAGGUGUUUGGCCUGCUGGACUCCAUCAAACGCAUCCUUUGCGUUCGGCGACAAAUGACUGACCCAGGACAGAAACAGGUCCUCAAAACUCUGACAAGUCUGGAGCAGCAGCUGGAGGAGCAGAAGAAGCAGCAGACUCAGAACUGGCUGUCUCAGCCCCAGGCCCUGGGCAGCCUUCUCUUGCCCUCCCCUCCGCCGGCCAAACGCGCUCCCAAGAGGCCCCGCCUCCAGCGGCCAGCCUCCGCCACGCUGCUGAGCCCGGCGUCGGCACAGGCCGUGGCCCUGCGGCCGCCCCAGUUCACCAUGUUCUCCCCAAUCACGCUGUCCUCCAUGGGGCGGCCCUUCACCGUGGCCGGCCUGGCCCAGCCGGCCAGCACGCUCACGCUGCACACGCUGUCGGCCGGCUCGCAGUUCUUCACCCGCAUCGCCACGGCCGCAGACGGCAAAGGCGAAACCAUCACGUUGCACCCGACGCAGGCGCUCACGUUGCUGGGCACGGCGGCGGCGGCACCGGAGCCCGCCCAGCUGGGCACGGUGAUGGGGCCCGUGGAGCUGUUGCGCCUGGCCCCAGGCACGGCUGGAGUGGCCCAGGACGGCGAGGUGGUGACAGGGACGGUGCUAGUACGGGAGGAUGAGGGCCAGGCUCAAGCCGCCACGGUAAUCGAGAUCGACCCCGUUCCAGGGGAGCACAGAGUGGGCGUGGUGGCACUGCAGCUCGAGGGGGAUCCGAUGGAGAGCGCCAUGACCUUGAAGGAGGGCGACGGGGAGGAGUCAAAUGAAAUGGUGGUGCAGGAAGACUCCGAGGAGGUGCAGGGGCAGUUAGAAGAGGUGCAGGGGCAGUUAGAGGAGGUGCAGGGCAACACGGAGGAGCUGCAUUUGGAAACCAAUGGGCAAAUUCACAACCUGCAGAUCUUAGUGGUGGAGGAGGAGGAGCAGACAGAGGCUGAGGACAAAUCUUAAUAAUAUGCACUCACACACACACACACACACACACACACACACACACUCUGACCGUUGAGAUGGUCGGAGACGUUUGCACUUGCAGCCAAGUCUGUUUUUUGUACCUACUUUUCUUAAUGAGGUCUGCAUGGCCACGUUUGAAAUCUGUGUAUCUGCUUUUGUAUGAGCUACUUCAGUAUUCUUUUUUGAACUUCAGAGGAUGCAUGUGCAUUUUGUUAUGAUUUUGUAGAAACAAGUUCAGUAUUUUUUAUUUUUUAUUGGAUCACAGAAGGUUAGAUUGGGCACUUUUUUUUUCUUUAUCAUAGUGCCAAAGUGUUAGGGACCCCCAUUACAACAAUGCCCUGUUCCCACUAACCUAGAAUUUAGACUCUAGUAGACUGUAAUACUUGAAAACUGUGUAGAUGCUUGUGAAACUAGAAAAUAGUAAUAUUUGUACUAAGUUGUAACAUCUUGGACUGUAUUAGAACUUGCACAUUUUAUCAUCAUUUCAAGUGAUCAUUUGCCCUUCAUCAAAUGAUGACUGUCAAUGCAGUAACACUGUCUGGUGACUGGCUUGUGUGUGUGGAAAC